UUCAUUUAGCUUUAACUGAGGCGUUAUGUCAAAUGUUACGACGCACCAUGGCGGAGUUUGACAUUAAAGCCGGUCUGCUGCACGUGUUGAAGCGCAUCGAUGAAGUUAUCUUGCUGCGAUCAAAAGAAAUCCAGGCUGCAAGGCCUCUUUUAGUGGCUGUGAGCAAGACAAAGCCAGCCGAAGCCAUUAUAGAGGCGUACCAGGCCGGGCAGCGAGAUUUCGGGGAGAAUUACGUGCAGGAGCUGGUGGAGAAAAGCCAGCACCCGGACAUAGUAGCCCAGUGCCCCGGCAUCAAGUGGCACUUCAUCGGCCACUUGCAGAACAACAAAAUCAACAAGAUACUCUCUCUUCCCAAUCUGCACAUGAUCCAAACCGUAGACAGCGAGAAGCUGGCCACCAGGCUGGAUGCCGCCUGGUCAAAGUUGAAACCAGCCUCAGAGCCACCGCUCCGGGUUCUCGUUCAAAUCAACACCAGCGGCGAAGAGGCCAAGAGCGGCAUCGGGACGAAGGAAGCGCCACAGCUUUACCAGUUCAUCACCAACAACCUGAAGCAUCUGCAACCGAUGGGCAUUAUGACCAUUGGAGCCUUUGGCUUCGACUACAGCAUAGGGCCAAAUCCAGAUUUUGUUUCGCUGAUGCAAGUGCAUCGCUCUAUCUGCGAGGCCAACUCUCUGUCCCCCGAAUCCGUGCUCGUCUCCAUGGGCAUGUCGAAUGACUAUGAUCGAGCGAUUGAAAUGGGCAGCACCAUGGUGCGUGUCGGCUCAUCUAUUUUUGGACAUCGCGCAGUCAAGGCAUAAGGCGAUCGUUGGCGAGGAAGGAAUGCGCUUUCGGGUGUAUGGCCGAAUACAGUUGUUUCCCAAUGACGUGCAACAACCCAAAUAAAAAACAUUCAAGCGAUGCGUA